AGAACACCGGGGGUUCCUCGCCAGACGGCUGCGACUGCAGGCGAACUACUUUCUCCGGCAGCUAGUCCCUUCAACGGUAUUCAUGUCUCGCCUGUGCCGACAAUGAUCGUGAGAACACAUUUCUGAGGACGAUGCAGCGGAGAUGGUCAGGGCAUUCUGCGCGAGUACAUCCUGGACAAAGAACAACAUUUUUUGAAUGAUGUCUACAGAUGCCUGGACUCUCUUCCUGGCUGUUUACCUGCUAUGCAUGACAGGAGAUUAAAAGAUGGUCGUCGGCUGCUGGCUGGUGCCCGCCCUGCUGGCGGCCUGGCUGUCGCGGCCGGGCGGCGCACAGCAGGUGGCGCCCUGCCACUUCAACUCCAUGUGCUCCUGCAAGGCGGACGCCUCGCCCGGCGACGUGAGCUGCGUAGGGGUGCCCUUCGCCCGGCUGCCCGACCUGCCGACCCAGCCCGUGGCCCACAUGGACGUGGUCAGCUCCGGGCUGGAGGCCGUGGAGAACGAGGCACUGGGAGGCGCCCAGGUGGAGUCGCUGCGCCUCAUGAGCAACCGCAUCCAGCACGUGGGCGAGCGCGCCUUCAGUUCCAUGUCGAAUAAGCUGCGGUCCCUUGAUCUCAGCUACAACGAACUGCCUGAAAUACCCUUCGAGUCUUUUCAGCAGCUUUUGGUGCUCGAGUGGCUGAACCUUCACAGCAACCACAUAGCUCUGUUGGAGGGAUCCUCGGAGGGCAGCUGGUCCCACCUCAGGGACAGCCUCACCAACGUGUUCCUGGGCGAGAACGAGCUGACGGAGCUGCCCGGGCGGGAGUGGCACGGUCUCGACGGUGGUUCGGCCAACGGCAACGGCGGAGGUAACAACGGCGGCGGCGGCAACAACAACAACAACAACAACAACAACGGCGACGCGGGGAGGUCCUACCCGGCGUCGCUGUCGGAGUGCCGCCUCGUCACGUGGCUCAACGUGGACGGCAACAAGCUGUCCGACCUGCAGCCGGGGACCCUGCCUCCGGCGCUGCAGACCCUGAGCGCGUCGCAGAACCUCAUCGGCAGGUUCCCCUUCGAGGCGGUGGACGAGCUCCGGGACGUGGCGUGGCUCUACCUGCGCGGCAACUACAUCGACGGCCUCCCGACGCGCGCGUUCCGCCGUCCCAAGCGCCUGGACAAGCUGGACCUGGGGGAGAACUCCUUGGAGAGGCUGGCGGCCAACCCCUUCAACGGCUCCCUGGUCGUACGGGACCUCAACCUCGACAUGAACCACAUAACGCACCUGCCCGCGCAGGUGUUUCGCGGCCUCGACGUGGGCCGCGUCUACCUGUCCGCCAACCGCCUGAGGGACAUCGACGACCGCGCCUUCGUCGGGCUGGGCCACACCCUCGAGUUCCUGGACUUGGAGAACAAUCGCCUCCAAGAGAUUCCGAGAGCGCUCAGCACGCUGAGGAGACUCAAGUACUUGUACAUACCGUCCAAUAACCUAAGUGAUAUCCCAGAGAACGCAUUUAACGGUUUCUCUGGGUCCCUGAAAGGCCUGUCUCUGUCGGGGAACCAUUUGACGAGGAUCCCAAAGGAGGCGCUGAGAGAAUGCCGGAAGUUGUCCCAUUUGAAUAUAGGCUAUAACCAGAUCUAUGAUAUCGAACCAGAGGACUUCGAGGGUUGGGGAAUUUCUUUGGACACUCUCCUCUUACGAAAUAACCAUAUCAGUUCUUUAAAAGCGCACGUUUUCCGCGAAACUCCUGUCCUGCGAGAACUGAGUCUGUCCUUUAACAUGCUUAAUGAUGUAGAUCCGGAAGCUUUUUCUAAUCUCUCGAUUAGCUUAGAAAGUUUAGAAGUUAGUUUUGGUAUUUAUAUGGAAGAAUUUCCUGAAGACUUUUUAAAGCCUUUGAGGUCAUUACUAUGGCUGGCCUUAGAUAACAACAAUUUCCGAACAAUUUCGAGUACUGCUCUUUACAGCUUUAGCCAGUUGCAGUACAUUAAUUUGGAGGCCAAUAGACUAGCCUAUAUCCCAUCAAGUGUGUUCAAUGGUGCUGUGCAUAAACAUUUACGAGAUAUUAGAUUAUCUUACAACCAUCUUCAAACUGUGGAUUCUGGAACAUUCGCCUCUUUAGAAAGCUUACAGACUAUUGUUCUUACUGGUAACAGAAUCAGGACUAUAAACUCAAAUGCGUUUCACGAUUUACCCAAUCUUGUAACGCUAGUACUGUCCAACAACAGGCUAAAUUCGUUAGCACCGAGUGCAUUUAGUGACUUGCCGAGGUUAAUACGUCUAGAACUGCAGUAUAAUGAACUAAAAGUGUUUUCAUUGACCAGUUUUCAAAAUAUUACUAAUUUCUUUAUGCCAAUGAUGCUCAACAUAUCUUGGAACCAAAUCUCUUCUUUUCACGAAAGUAGAGUGCCGUCAAUUUUUUACUUGAAAGUCAUUGACUUGAGCCAUAACAAAGUAAUGGAUGUGCCGUCGAAUUUUCUCCAGUGCUUUGCUGACUCUUUGCGACGACUUCAUAUGGGAUACAACCUAAUCAUGAGAUUAAGCAGUCAAGCCUUUGGGUUCCUGAGCAACUUGGAAGUGCUGACGCUGGAACACAACAACAUCCAGUCCUUGCGAAAGCAAGCUUUCCACGGCAUCGAGUCGCUGCAAAUCCUGGACCUUUCGCACAACCACAUCAACAUGCUGCAAACGGACCAGUUCUCGAACCUGCGCGCCCUGAGGAUCGUCGACCUGUCGCACAACCACGUGCGCUCGCUUCCCCCGGACGUGUUCGCCAACACCGAGUUGGAGAAGCUCGACGUGUCCAACAACGAGUUCGUGGUGAUGCCCUCGAACUCGCUGGACCACGUCGGCACGACCCUGAGGUACCUGGACCUGUCCCACAACGCCGUGGAGCACCUGGACAGCACCAUGUUCCCCGACAUGCCCUACCUGCUGGAGCUGAACCUGGGCAGCAACAAGCUCACCAUCCUGCCGGACAACGUGUUCGCGAGCCUGGGGGGCCUGCUCGGGCUGGACCUGAGCGGCAACCCCCUGCGGGCCAACUUCAAGGAGCUGUUCCACUACGUGCAGAGGCUGCGGCGCCUGUCCCUGGCCGACACGGGGCUGACGGCGGUGCCGCACCUCCCGCUGCCCAACCUGGUCAGCCUCAACCUGUCCGCGAACCACAUCGUCGACGUGCCGGCCGCCUCCGUGGAGGGCCUGCUCAAGCUGAGGACGCUCCACCUCACCGGCAACAGGAUGAGGGAGAUCCCGUCCGACGCGUGGCCGUAUCUGCCGCUCUUGAAGUAUCUGGACAUCUCUGACAACCCCAUCAAGGUGAUCUCGAAGGAGAGCCUGGCGGGGCUGGGACGCCUCCAGCACCUCGGCGUGUACGACCUGCCCCUGGUGGAGCGCUUCGACGCGGACGCCCUGUCGCAGCUGCCGCUGCUGGCGUCGCUGCAGAUACAGACGUGGCCGCGCGCGGACCGGCGCAGCACGAGGACCGUGCUGCUCACAUAUAUUGUAGCAGGAGGACCGUGCUGCUCACAUAUUUUGGAGCAGGAGGACCGUGCUGCUCACAUAUAUUGCAGCAGGAGGACCGUGCUGCUCACAUAUAUUGUAGCAGGAGGACCGUGCUGCUCACAUAUAUUGCAGCAGGAGGACCGUGCUGCUCACAUAUAUUGUAGCAGGAGGACCGUGCUGCUCACAUAUAUUGUAGCAGGAGGACCGUGCUGCUCACAUAUAUUGCAGCAGGAGGACCGUGCUGCUCACAUAUAUUGCAGCAGGAAGACCGUGCUGCUCACAUAUUUUGGAGCAGGAGGACCGUCGCGCCUGGGCGCGGCGCUGGGCGGCGCGAGGGCGCUGCGGCGCCUCACCGUGCACGUGCAGGAGCACGAGCUGGACGACCAGCUGGCCGGGGCCUUCGCGUGCCCGCGGCUGCGGCACGUGGACGUGCGCGGCGAGCGGCUGAGGCGCGUGCUCGGCGGGGCGCUGCAGGGGGCGCGCCGCAACCACGAGCUGGUGCUGCAGAUACGAGGCACCCAGGUCUCGGAGCUGCCGCCGGGCUUGUUCGCGGAGCUGGAGGGCAUCCUGCACCUCACGCUCGACAUCAGCGACAACCGCUUCACGUCCUUGAACCCGAGCACGCUCUACUCGAACGGAACCAGCUGGGAGAACGUGGGCACCCGGCUGCUGUCAGUGGGACUAAGAGAACGUGACUACGAGCAGUGGUACUACGGGCAGUGUGACAACGAGCAGUAUGACCACGAAAAGUGUGACCAAUCGCAGCGUGACUACGCGCAGUGUGACUACGCGCAGUGUGACUACGCGCAGUGUGACUACGCGCAGUGUGACUACGCGCAGUGUGACAACGCGCAGCGUGACUACGAGCAGUGUGACUGCGAGCAGGGGUACUUCGAGCAGUGGCGGCUCGCAGCGGCUAAGUUGCUGCUGCUGCUGCUGGACGUCCAGCAGAAGCGGAUAGGCGGCUGCUGCUGCUGGGGUGUCCAACCGAAGCGGGUAGACUGUGCUGCUGUUGCUGGGCGUCCAGCAAAAACGGCUAGGCUGCUGCUGCUGGACGUCCAGUCUGCUGUUGUUGCUGGGCGUGAAGCAGGAGUGGUUAGCCUGCGGCUGCUGCUGUUGCUGCUGCUGCUGCUGCUGCUGUUGCUGGGCGUGAAGCAAGAGCGCCUAGGCUGCGGCUGUUUCUGGGCGUGA